AUGUACAACCUCAGUAAGUUAAUCUCUCGUCUACCCUCUGUUUCCCUUAACCCUAGCACGAGAGCGUCUGGGUUUCUGAUUGAGAACGCUCCAAAAACCAUCCAGUUUUUCAGAAACCGAGCAUUCUCCGGGAACUCUGGGUUUGAUGGGUUCGGAGGCGACGAUAACGGUUGGGAUAUCCCGGCGGAAGGAUCGUUCGGCGAUGAUCUUGAUUGGGACAAUAACAAAUCAAUGUGGUCGACCGGUUUGACCCAGUCGCAUUUCGAUGGUGUCUCCGUUGGUCGUCAGAAGGAUUCGUGUCCUUCUUCCGGUGAUACCGGUUCCGAUUCGGGCGAUGUGAUGAGCAGGUUGGGUCCGAGAGAAGUCGCCAUGGUUAACGAGAUGAAUGAUUAUGAUGAUUUGCUUAAAGAGAUUGAGCAAGACACUGAGCAGAGCAGGGCCUUUGUUGAUGGGAUUAAAGAGAGGAUGAUGGAGAUAAGUGUGUUGCUGAAGCAAGUGAAGGAGCCUGGAGCUAGAGGGUCUUACCUUAAGGACUCUGUGAAGACCGAGAUGUACAGAUUGCACAAAGAGAAUCCCGAGGUUUACACCGUCGAGAGGCUUGCUAAGGAUUACAAGAUCAUGAGGCAGCGUGUUCACGCCAUUCUUUUCCUUAAAGAAGACGAAGAAGAAGAGGAGAGAAAGCUUGGUCGUCCUUUGGAUGAUUCCGUUGAGCGUUUGCUUGACGAGUGCCCUGAGUUCUUUGUUUCGCAUGACCGGGUGUUUCAUGUGGCCUCACUCAAGUACAAGCCCGAGUUCAAGGUGAUGCCAGUAGGAUGGGAAGGUACAAUCAAAGAUAUGGAUGAAGUCCAUUACGAGAUCUCAAAGAAAGAAGAUGACUUGCUCUACCAAGAUUUCGUCAGAAGGUUUGAGUUCAACAAAAUGAAAUGGAGAGGAGAAGUGAAGUGCCACAAGUACAGCAGGCGACGUUCAUCAGAGGGAUGGAAGAUCACGGUUGAGAAAUUGGGAGCCAGGGGCAAACGUGGAAACGGAGGUGGAUGGAAGUUUAUGAGUCUUCCAGAUGGAUCGAGCCGGCCUCUCAACAAAGAGGAGAAGAUGUAUGUCAAGCGCGAGACGCCGCUUCGUCGCGGUAAGAUCCUGAUGGGUUCCAAAGGACGUACUCCAGGAAGAGCCUGCAUAGCAAAGAAGGUCUCCAAGAGAUGGAGGAAGGUGAUGAUAGGUUUCGCAGAACAUCGUAGAGAAGUAAAAGAACAAACGAGAGUUGCAGCUGAAGCUGGGAGAGAAGCAAAAGAACUAAAGAUGCGUGAAGAAGCAGAAGUUCGGAGGAAAGCAAGAGCACAAAAGAGAAAGGCGAUUACAUGA